AUGUUAGCAAUAAAUUCUCAUUUAAUAUCUGAUAAACAUAUUAAUUAUGAUAAAGUUAAUGAAACCGAAAAUCAGAAGUCGCUCAACAGAACACAAAGAACAAUCGCUGUGCUAAAUAAAACGAAACUAUGGAAAGGAGGUAUUAUUCCAUAUCAUUUUUAUCCAGUUGUUACUGGAGCACAACGAAGAAACAUUAAAAAAGUAAUGAGAAAGUGGGAAAAAAAAACAUGUAUUCAAUUUGUUUUACGAAAUAAAGAAAUACAUGUGGAUUAUUUGCGUUUUACGCAACUCUAUGAAUGCCUGUGUUGUUAUGUUGAACGAAAAUAUACAAAUACAAUCAAGUUCAUAGGUUUACAGAAUAAUUGCUAUAAACAGCAAAUUGUUCUUCAUGAAUUAGGACAUGCUAUUGGUCUUUUACACGAACAUAAUCAUCCGGAUCGUGAUAAAUAUAUUGCAAUAAAUUAUUUUAAUAUUGAUACAGAUCUGUUGGAUCAAUAUAGUAAAUAUUCGGCCGAUCAAGUUGACACUUUGAGUUUACCAUAUGACUAUCGUUCAAUUAUGCACUAUACUUAUAAUUUAAGUUUAACUGACCCGAAAUCAAGAACAAUAGUACCUAUACCAAACAACCAAAAUGAAAACUCACUGGUGGCAAAUGAUAAUUUAGAACUUAGCAAUGGUGACGUAGCAGCUACAAAUCUUCUAUAUCAAUGUUUCAGUUGUGGAGAAACAUUAUAUGAGCCUAAUGGUACAUUUGAGCAACCAAUUAAUAACAAUGACGUUACACUAAAUGAUGUUGAACGGUGUGAAUGGAGAAUUAGAGCAGCUGAAGGUGAACGAAUAAAACUCAAAAUCACGUCAAUGAAGAUUUAUCAGACUUACAAUUGUUUAUUCGAUUAUCUGGAAAUUCGUAACGGAAAUUCGCCGAAUAGUCCUAUCAUAGCUCGUUACUGCGGAGAUAUUAUGGAUGCAACAAUAAUAGCUAGUAAUUUUUUACUAGUUACUUGGGUAAAAAUGAGUCAUCGAAAUAUCACUAGUACUUUUAAAGCCAAAUACGAAACUAUUUGUCAUCGGACUAUUGAUAUCAAAAAUGAUACUUUUUAUAAUUUAGAAUCACCUAAUUAUCCUGAAAACUACAAAUCAAACAAACAGUGCUACUGGAAUUUCAUUGCACCAAAUAAUCAUCGGAUAGUGAUGAAAUUUAAUUUCUUUGAACUCGAAAUGAGUGAAAAGUGUACGAAAGAUCAUAUUCGAUUUUUUGACGGCAAGGAUUUAAACUCUCCCAUCAUUGGAAUCAAAUGUGGUAAAAAUAAUAAUUUGGAAGUAACUUCGACAAGAAACAGAUUAUCUGUUUCAUUCUCUAGCGACUCGCUGAUUGAGGCAGCUGGGUUCUCAGCGACUUUAAUUGCUCUACUUAUUUAA